UGAUCUGAGUUUGUUUGCAGGUCGAUCAUCUGCACAAUUUCAUCUUCUUCCGUUUCUCCAUGGGAAUGGUGGAUAGCAUUAUUGCCAAGUAUUUCGCUACCGUUGUUGGGUAUUUAGUCGUCAGUCGUCCUUUCCUUGAUUUGUCUCACCCUCGACACUUGAGCAGCUCACACGCUGAACUGCUAGAGGACUACUACCAGAGCGGCCGAAUGCUGCUGCGUAUGUCACAGGCGUUGGGCAGAAUCGUUCUUGCCGGCAGAGAAAUGUCGCGUCUGUCAGGCUUCACCACACGCAUCACUGAGCUCAUGAAGGUCCUGAACGAGCUGAAUUCUGGGAAAUACGAACGCACCAUGGUGUCUCUGUCAGAGAAAGAUGCUACAGAAAAGCUUACACUGAUACCUGGAAGUGGAAGAAUCAUCAAUGUAGACAAUAUCAUCAAGUAAGAGCAGCUUCCUUCAGUCCUUAAUCUCAGAUUG